CUGUCCGCGAGCCGUACAGAGCGGAAGUGACCAAAAGCUUUGCAUCCGGCGACAAUUUGUGUCACAGCGCCCGAAAACAUUUCCGAGCAUCAUAAAACAACAACAACAACAACAACAAUAGCAGCAACAAGAAGAAGAAGAACAGCUGCAACAACAACAAGAACAACAACAGGAACAUUUUCAUUGCUGUCGACAACAUUUUAUGACGGUCACAUAAUAACGUGAAGCGAAAAAAAUCUAAACGCUCAACGGACAGAAGGCGGCGUAUGCAAAUUACGUGCCACAUGACGCACCAAAGCUUUUGAUUUGAUUGCAAUCCGCUGCUCAUUCAGCCAUUUGCUCAUUUAGUCAUUUGCUCAUUUGGUCAUUUGCCACGCAUUACCUGAUUGAUUGAUUGAUUGACUGCAGAAGCAACGGGAGCAACGGAAGCAACGGAAGCAGCUUUAAUAUUGUCCAACCAACAGAUACAAUGAACAAAAAGCCAUCAAUGCCGCUGGCCUCCUUUCUCAGCAGUGACAACGGUAACAUCAGCAACAUCAGCAAUAUCAGCAACUGCGCAACAACAGCAACUGGCAACAACGUGGCCGGGAGCAGUUCACGUAUUGGUCGGCAGAGCGGCUCAAGCAUGUGUUUUGCAAGCGGUGCUACAAAUGGCGCCCAGGGCGCUAGCAAUUCAUCCAGUGCAGUGGGCGGAAAUGGUACCACUUCAUCCGCAUCGAAGGCGGAUAAACAGAGGGAUGGCAACGGCAAUGGCAACGGCAACAGCAUCAUCAGCAGCAUCCUCUGUGGCUGCCAAAGGGCGCCCAAAUCGCAUUGCAUAUCAGCGACAGGUGUACUGCUGUUGGUACUGCUGUACACGGCCAUGGGCUCGAUAAUAUUCGUAACGCUCGAGGGCGAGCUUGAAGAUGCGACUGCACUGGAAACAGCUGUGGCCGCUUCCAAGCCAUAUCCACGCACCGAGCUGGCGAAUGCAGAGAUACGUUCCCGAACCGUUGAUCGACUGUGGUCCAUAACGGAGGAUCUCAAUAUACUCUACAAGGAGAACUGGACACGUCUCGCGGCACAGGAGGUCCAAUUAUUUCAGGACACUCUGCUGCGUGCGGUGCGCCAAUCGAAGGUUUAUCAACCUGGUGGCGUACAAAUGAAUGCACCGACUCACAAAUGGACCUAUGCCUCGGCCUUUCUCUACUCCCUGACAUUAAUUACAACGAUAGGUUAUGGCGGCGUGUCGCCACGCACACAAUGGGGGCGGGUGGCAGCCCUGGUUUACGCCCUGUUUGGCAUUCCGAUUGUGCUGCUCUAUUUGUCCGCCAUGGGCGAGGCGCUGUCCGCUGGAAUGCGCUGCCUGUUUCGGCGCCAGCGUGUCAAGGGCAGCGUUGCGAGCGGACCCACAACCGGAUCGAGCGGCAGCCGCAAAUCGGACAAGGCCAAGGGGCAGCAGUACAAUCAGCAUUCGGCUGCCAAGCUGCAUCAGUAUGGGCUCCCGCCCUCGGUUUAUCAGCAACAGCAGCAGCAGCAGCAGCAACAACAACAGCAACAACAGCAACAGCAGCAGCAGCAGCAGCAACAGCAGCAAAAGAAGACCAAAAAGUCGUCACCCAGUGUACCCAUCUCGAUUUGUGUGUGCGUCCUCGUCUGCUAUGUGACCAGCGGUGCAAUACUCUUCCACAAGCUGCAGAACUGGAGCGUGCUGGAGUCGCUGUACUUCUGUUUCACGUCGCUGGGCACCAUUGGCUUUGGCGAGCUGUCGCCCAGCGGCGCAGUUGCAUUGUAUUCGGCCUCCGCUUACAUCAUGGUCGGCAUGGCCGUGGUGGCCAUGUGCUUCAAUCUAAUCCAGACGGAGAUUGUUAUGUGGCUGCGUCGCUUCAGCGUUCAGGAUCACGUCACGCCCAAGUCCGAGGAAGUGGCCCUCGUCACGGUGGCUGUGACGCCCAAGCCCUCCUGACAACGACCCAGCGCCGAUAUGUUGGGCGGCGGAACCACUGCUGCAACAAUUGGCCCGGGUGUCCAGUCGGGCAAUAGUCUCGGCCAGCAUCAGACCAUGUUCUUUGGACCGGCUCACACUCUAACCCAGUACAGUUCGCUGCCGCGUCGCAGUCACAUGCAUGGAUCAGUUGGCGGCGGUGCAGUUGGAGGUGGAGGCGGAGGUGGCCCCUUGGCUUCUGCCUUUCAGCGGAAUACGCCCAUACGCCGCUCCACGGGCAUACCGGAGCACCAUAUGGAGUACUUUGUGCCGCGCAGCAUUAGCGAAUUCAAUUUGUCCGGCGUCGGUGAUUUGGCGCUGCCACCGCCGCGCCGCUUCUCGCCCAAUAUGGGCGGCAUGGGCAUGCCCAUGGGCAUGAACAUGGGCGUCAACAUGGGCAUGGGCAUGGGCAUGGGAAUGCCGCAUGGCCUCCAAUUGGGCCCGCCCCAGACGCUGAUCUGUGCUGCAACACCGACAGCGCCGCCGCCUGCCCAGCUCCAAAUCGUGACACUGAAGCCACGCAGUGAGAAAAUGGUCACCUUCGAGGAUGAGUCCAAGUCAGCAUCGGCGGCAGCAGCAGCAGCUGCAGCUGCAGCAGUAUCAACACAUUGUCCACAUGGUGUUCCGACUACGCCACGCAAAUCGAGCGGUGGCCCCUCAGCGGACAUCUUUAUGUGACCAGCCACCAGCUGACCAGCAGCUGGAUCAGCGGAUCAGCCACGGGACGAGGAUGCUGACCUAAAUGCAGCGCUCCGACUGCGCGACAGCAUUGACGAUGCACUAUGCCCCAAGCCGGCUCCAGGCGAGAUAAUACGCGUCUAAAUAUUGGUUGCAUGUGUGGCAGUUGCAAGUUGCAAGUUGCCAAUUGCCAAUUGCCAAUUGCCAAUUGGAAUUUGAGUGCAACGAACACUAAUAAUAUGCGUGUCAACAGG